AUGACGACGUUGCGCUGCGUGCUUAUGCUGGUUGCCUUGGCCGGGGCCACGUUCGCGGGUCCUGAGGUCACUGAACUAAAGACAGAAGUAGUUAGCGUUCCAGAAGGAUGCACCACGAAGUCCAAGCACGGCGAUAUGCUCACCAUGCACUACACUGGCACGCUAGACGACGGACACAAGUUCGACUCGAGUUAUGAUCGCGAUCAACCUUUUACGUUCCAAAUUGGCGUUGGGCAAGUGAUCAAGGGAUGGGACCAGGGCUUGCUUGACAUGUGCGUUGGUGAGAAACGUAAACUGACUAUUCCCGCAUCCUUGGGCUACGGAGAGCGCGGAGCCGGCAACGUGAUUCCUCCCCACGCUACAUUGCAUUUCGAAGUGGAGUUGAUCAACAUCGGUGACUCUCCACCGGCCACAAACGUGUUCAAGGAAAUCGACGCCGAUAAGGACAACAUGCUCUCCCGCGAAGAAGUGAGCGACUAUUUGAAGAAGCAGAUGGUUCCCGCCGACGGUGGUGAAGUAAGCGAAGACAUCAAGCAAAUGUUGGAAAGUCACGAUAAACUUGUUGAGGAAAUCUUCCAGCACGAAGAUAAAGACAAAAACGGCUUCAUCAGCCAUGAGGAAUUCUCUGGACCUAAGCACGACGAACUUUAAAUGAGUCUCCGAAGCCUUAGGCAUUAUUAGGAGCCAACAUUUUACACAAAAUCUGUAGCACUUCACAUAAAAAAAAUUCACGACUUCUUUGAUUAUUAAUUAUUAUCAUCUGUUUCAUGCUCAAUCUUUCAUCUAUAAACAGAAUUAAACCACAUCAUUAGUCAGUAAUUAUAAACUGGAGACUUCAAGUUUUUCUUUACAAUUUCUAAUUAUAAUUAGGAUUGCUAAAUUCAAUCAAAUUACUACAGACCUCGUCUCCAGUUUCCAAUCUCCAAUCCUUGAAUCUAAUAUACUUUUUUUCUAUUUGUAUGAGUCUUAACAGAGUUAUGUUGUCUUUUGUACUUAGUUUAUUUACUUAAGUUGUUGGUGGAAUGUAGUUUUGUUAUACUUUAGCUUAAUGUAUAUUGUAAUGUCGUAUGUAAUAUACAUAUGUACAUACAUAGCAUAUAAUAUUUAAUUUUAACGGUAGUUGAUGACGUCUACAUUAGAAACUGAAAUUAUUUACAUGGUUAUGGCACGGUGGCCGUAUCAUGUCAAAGGUGUCAGAAUAGCUCAAACACAAAGUUUUUCAUAUGGCUCUGUAACCGAAGCAUUGAUUGCUUUAUUUAUAAUACUUAACUGCUAUGGGCAUCUGAGGAACAUUGGAAUUAAGAGAUUCGUUUACUUUACACCAUAAUAGUCCAUUUGUAAUGUUCGAUAAUUUUGUAUAGAACAAGAAACAAAUUGUUAUUUUCCUUUAUUUAUCACAAAAUCUGUGGUUUCUUUAAAAAAUGUUAUUCUUUUAACAUCUUUGGCCGUAUAGCAGUUUUGUAAUGGAAAUUAUGCAUAUCGUCUAGUAGGUAGGCGACGUCUAUUCCGCUAUGUACAAUAAAACCUAUUUGUAACA